CUUCCUCCCUUUUCUUCAAUCUCGUUCUCCUUUCGUUUUCUUUUGUGUUUCUUCCUCGUCUUGCAAGAGUGCAAGCCGUCACUAAAUAAUUGAUUCUCUGAGCUCCGUUUUUGUUAUUUGUCUCCUUCAUGCUAAUUUCCAUCUUUAUUUUGCAUUGCAGGGGAAAUUAAACGUUGCCCAAACUUUCAACAAUAAAUUCUAAGGUAGUCGGCUUCAUGGAACCGAAUUUAGAAACUUCACCGCCUGAUGGUUCUGAUGCAAAAGCAGCAUUUUGUAAGCCUUCUAAUGAUACAUCUAACCGACAGUAUAGGCAUCGCACUCCAGUUAGCGGGUUAUCUUCAUCUGAAGGAAGUUCUCCUCAGCGUGACCACAGCGUUAGUCCCAUGGUUUCUAGGGAUGAUCCGGAAAAAAGUGCUGAUACUCGACCAGGAAGAGAUGGGAGAGAACUAGAUAGGGAUUCUACUAGGAAUCGAUAUAGUAGAAAUGGUGAUUCUUAUAGAUAUUCUGAUCGACAGUCUUCCAGGAGCUCUUAUGGUUAUUCCAGGCAUGACAAGCGUGGAAAUGAAGAGAGCAAGUAUGAUAGAUUUUCCUCUAGUUCUGAUCGAGAAUCAAGAAUUAUCGCUCAUUCUGAUCAUCCAAGACGAUACAAUGACGCUGGACCUAGAAGCAGGGACAAGGAAAAAGAAUCACCUUUUCUAGAGCCUCACAAAUAUAAGGACAAGGAUUCAUCUUUUGACAGAGUCGGCUCUGUUAGGAGACAUGGCAACUUUAUCUCUGAAGAGAGGGGUAGAGAUCGAAGGUGGGACAGGGAUGGUCGAGAUGAAAAAGUAGACUACCAUAGAAGCUUGAGAGAUAAAAGGGACAAUUACACUGAGGAAUCCAGGGGCCAUCGGAAUGACUCAUCUUCUUCGAGGGAGAGGGACACUAAUAAAUAUCGCCCUAAAGAAGGUUACAGGAGUGGGCUAGAGGAUUUCGAUGGCCUGAAGCCUAUCAAAAAGGAGGGAGUGAACUAUGAUGAAGGAGGAGUUAAUGUGAAAAAGAAGGAUAGGUUUGGUGGAGUAGGUAAGGAACAGUUUGAAGACAAGUCUAUAUUUGACAGUAAAAAUCACGAGUCUCCAGCUAAGAAGUCGAAACUCUUUAGCUUGGGUAAGGGCUCUAACUCUGAUAAGGAUGGUGAUGAAAAGCGGUCAGGUUUGGAGCAAGCUGAGGAGACUGUUGAAAGAGUGGCCAUUGGACACGUCCAUAGCAGUGAUGUUGACAUCACUAAAGACGUGAAUGCUGCAAAAGUUGCUGCAAUGAAAGCUGCCGAAUUAGUUAAUAGGAACCUUAGUGGGGCAGACCAUAGUAAUAUGACUACGGAGCAGAAGAAGAAAUUGCUGUGGGGGAGCAAGAAAAGCACUCCUGCAGAAGAGUCUGGUCGUCGCUGGGAUACUGCACUAUUUGGUGAUCGUGAGCGACAAGUGAAGUUCAAUAAACUCAUGGGUGUGAAAGGGGAUACAAAGGUAGAGCAUAAAGCCGACAAUCAAGACGCAGAGAAGCAGUGGGAACUCCAGCUGGAUUUGGAGAAGCAGUACACUGCCGGACUUCGACGGAGAGAUGGCCGCACUGUUGGAUUAGGGCUUUAAGCAUCAAAAUUCGAAACGUAUGGUGCUGCAAAGGAAAUGCUUUGUGACAUUCUGUUCUACUUUCUUAUUCUGUACUCGUCAUUCAAUGCAUUAUGAAGAAAAAUGUGAUUUGUUGGAUGUUUUUGAUCUUAACCUUUUUGCCUUUCAAUGUUACAAAAAUAAUCUCUUUUUUAA